AUGUAUACACAUGCUGAAUCUCAACUAUGCCGCCUCCUGUCGGCCCGUUUAGGCUCAGGCCCGCUUUGGAGGCUGUUUGUGGCAGAGGGCUGCCGGUACCGCCUCGGCUCAACAUUGAGGACUGGCAAAGGCAGUGCUCACAGGAGAAACAUGCGCAGAUCAAGGAUUGGCACCGCUGCAGCAGUAGCUGUGGCCUUGGUGACUCUCAGGUCCUUGGCAUUCCUGGGAACACAGCCAUCCCAAACAGCCGGGCCAAGCCGCCGCCACCUGAUGACCUCGGGUGGCAUCCUGGGAGCUAUGGCUCUGGAGGCAUGGAUGCCCAGCCCAGCUGAAGCCUUGGGCUCCCGAGACCGACGCGUAGCGUAUCCGCCGAUCAACAAGCAAGACCCGCGACGAUGCGAGUGGAAGACUUCACAGAUUGCUCAGGCGAGUGCGCAGCGCGACAAGCUCUACGACCUCAGAGAGUGCAACCUCGCAGGCACCAGUGCAGCCGACAACGAUGUAUCAGGAGCUUUGAUGAACAAGGGAGACUUCUCCAAGGUGAACUUUGAGAACGCGCAGUUGACCAAGGUCGUGGCAGCAGAAGCCAACUUCGAGGGUGCCAAUUUCAAAAAUUCGGUGGCGGACCGCAUGGACCUCACGAAAGCCAAUUUGAAGAAUGCAAUUUUCAAGAAUGCAAUGCUGACCACGUCCAGCUUUGAGGAAGCAAAUGUGGAGGGUGCUGAUUUCACAGACGCCUUCUUGGACAGUCAGAGCGUCAGGGUGCUGUGCACAAAUCCGACAAUGAAAGGAACAAACCCAGUGACCGGGGCCGACACUUUUCUCAGUGCAGGAUACGGAAACUACAUGGGAGGAGCCGUGGGCACCAUGCAGACUGCCUCUCUGCCCACGCAGGCAGUCGGCACAAACAGCGGUGCAGCUUUCCAGCGCACAGCCUUCUCUGGCAAUACUGCGGCGAUGGCCACGCAAAACGUCGCCGAUGUGGGGCAGUUCAAAACAAUGACUCCAGACGCCCUGAAGACACAGCCAGCCGGGGCCUUCACGAACUAUGAUGCCAUGGCCACUCGUCCUCCACAAAGCUACGGUGGCUGUGGCACGCAGAACUUCUCUGGGUAUGGAGGCUACAGUCAAGGCUAUGCCGGCCAGGGAUAUGGAGCAGGUGCACAGGCGACAGGUGCUGCAGGGUCAUAUGGCCAGGGAUGUGGUCAAGCAUACCAAGGUUAUGGAGGCUAUGCAGGUGCUGGAUAUGGUGCACCAGACCAAACCUAUGGCAACGCCUAUGGCCCCGGCUAUGGUGGGACCGGGUAUGGUGGUGGACAAGGUGGUCAGGGUGGUUGUGGCUACGGCUACGGUCCGUCGGGAUAUGGGCAAGGCGCAGGUUAUGGCUACGAUGCUCGUGGUUAUAACGGCUUGCAAGACGCGGCUGCCACACAACAGUUGUCCGCGCAACAAGUUUACAACAAGGACGUGUCAGGAUCCUUUGUACGUGGUGGUGGCAUGUACGGUGGCGCACCCGGCUACAAUGCAUACGCUGGAUAUCCUGCAGGAGCUGGAGGGGGACAGGUGGCAAUGGGCAGGAAGCCACGUGCACGGCGCAGUGUGUGCUGCUGA